CCCUUUCAACUUCAAAUGGGGGGUUCAAGCGUCCUCCGGUUAACGAGUCUCAGAAUCUGUUGGUUAGCAUUUUUUUAAAAAACCCAUACCAAUAUUGGAAAGUUUUCUAAACAUAUAAACUUUUCUUUAGAUAUAACGGCUUUUAAGUAAAAAAGAGAAAAGUUAUUUUCUAAAUAAAUCAUUAGCAUAUAAUGUAUUUAUAUUGAACUACUGUUGCACUAUACAAACUCUUUUGAUAUAUGAACUUCAGUAGAUAAUUUUUGACUCAUUAAAAGAAUUGUUCUAGCAUUUGAAAUGGCCGAAGAGCAAAUGGAUAUAGAUAGUUUUAAAGUACCUUUCUCUCAGAUAAAAAAUGAGGCAUCGGAUGAAAUUUUAGAUCUAAAAAAAAGGGAAAUUGCAGAUGAAAAAAGAAGUGAAGAGAAAGUAUCUGAAAAGACUUCUACAAAAGGAUCCAAAUCCUUGAUUAAUGUUCCUUUGCCUUACAAGGAACCUGAAUGGAGUGGUCCACCUCCUUCUGGUUAUUUUUUUGAGAUCAUAAAAAAUGGUACUGUUGUUUCAACUAUGAAUAUAAAAAAAUCUCUUUUUGUAUUUGGUCGAUUAGACUUGUGUGAUGUGAUUUUUGAACAUCCAUCAGUGUCUAGAUACCAUGCUGUGAUACAAUAUUGCAGAGGCGAUGAUUCUCACCCUAAGGGUUUUUAUCUUUAUGAUCUUGGGAGUACUCAUGGCACAUUUCUCAAUAAGGGGAAGGUUUCUCCAAAUAUUUACUAUAAGCUCAAAGUAGGAUACAUUUUGAAAUUUGGAGGAAGUUCCAGAAUGCAUAUUUUUCAGGGGCCCGAAGAGGAAGAAAAGGAAGAAACCAAAAAAGCAGUUGAAGAAAAUAAAUCUGAGGAAGAAGUCUGUACUUGGGGAAUGGGAGAAGACGCUGAUGAAGAGGAAGAUUUGGCCAUAAAUCCAUUUGCUGUUUCCACACAAAAUGAAGAUCUUUAUUUAGAUGAUCCCAAAAAAACAUUGCGAGGAUGGUUUGAAAGGGAAGGAUAUGAAGUUGAAUAUAAUGUUGAGGAAAAAGGCUUCAGGACUUUUUCAUGUACUGUACAAUUACCUGUUGAUACACCUUCUGGGGAAUUUUUAACUGUUGAGGCUUCUGUGACUGGUAAAAAAAAAGAAGCAGUUGUAGCCUGUGCUCUUGAGGCUUGUCGUACUUUGGAUCGAAUGGGUUUGCUUCGACAGUCACAUCAAGAAAGUCGCCAAGUAAAGAGGAAGAAAAAAUGGGAAGAGAAUGAUUAUUAUGAUAGUGAUGAGGAUACAUUUUAUGACAGAUCUGGAGAAAUUGAGAAAAGGAGAGAGAUGCGAAAGAGGUUGGCAUCAAAGAAACCUGAAGUUGAGAACUUUCAAUCUUUGGAGACAAAGCUCAAAACUGUUAUUACAGAGAUUGAGGAGAUAAAUAAGAAAAUAACUGCAUAUACAGAAAGGAAUGCAAAUUCUUCUAUAGAUGCAAGUGAAGACUCUCUUGAAUCGUACAUGUCUAGUUUAUCGAAAGUAACAGAUAUGCCAGCUGAUAAAUUUGAAAAAAGGAAACUGAAGUUGAGGUUGAUUGAAGCUGAAAAAGAAAAGGCUCAUUUGGAAAAAUUAUUAGAUAUAGCGAGACCUGCUCAAUUGCCACCUGUUGUGAAACAUUCUAAAAUCAUUGGAAAGCGAUUGAAAUCCAAACUACUAUUCCCAGUUCAAAAAACCAAACUAGAGAUUAAGCCACUAGAAAAAGGAGAAAUGGUUGAAGAAGUUGAAAGUGAUUCAGAAACUGAAUCAUCUGAAAAACCAUCAGAUGAACAAAUUCAAGAAAACCUUAGUAAAAGUUCAGAUUCUCCAGCUGAACCUAAAAAAUAUGGUCUACUAUUGAAUGCUCAAAAUGAAACUGACAGGAAAACAGAAAAUGUAAAUGUGAAUGAAAUUGAUGUUCCAGUUGGUUCUAAAAGUGAUUUACUUGAAAAUUCUAGAACUCCUAAUUUAAUAAACAAAAGUAAAGAGAAAGAGGAUGAAGAAAUGGAUUGUGAAAAUAUUGAAAUGAAAGGUGAUAAAAAAUUUGACUUUGAAAAAUUAUCUCCAUCUGUAAAAUGUGUGAAAAAGGACAAUCCUAAGAAAUCUAAAAAAGAAAUUGAUGUUUAUGCUACAGAUAAUAAUGAUUAUUGUACAUGGACACCACCUGCUAAUCAAACUGGUGAUGGCAUGACCCAUUUAAAUGCUAAAUAUGGCUAUUAGGCAUUGUAUAUCAUGUUUUCUCCCCUACUAUUAUUUAACGAAGUAAAUUCUUGAUGCAGUUAAAUUUUAUUAUUAAUAAUAAAAAUUUGUAUAUAUAUAUAUAUAUUUUCAUUUUCUUAUUUAAGAAAUUAAUUAGUAUAAAAUAUUAAUAAGUUAGCCAUUAUGUUAAACUGUUUUAGAGUUAUUUCCCAGUAUAAAAAUUUUAGCCUUUGUCAAGUCAUUCAUUUUUAUGAUAUGAUAAUUUACCUUCACAUAAAAUAACGUAUCAAUUAUAGUACUUUUAUUAGGGGAAAAGUGUAACUUUUUGCCAUUUUUGUAAUUGUGCAUGCAUGCAUGAUACAGUGAACAUAUUUUCAGGAUUGCUACUCAAAGAUUUUGCUCUGUCUUUAUGUUGCAAUAACUGUUAUCAUUCUCAUUGACAAUUAUUUUGUUUAUUAAUGAUAUUUAUAUAAAAACUGUCACGUUAUUUUUUAGUUUGUUUUGUCAUAUUCUUUUUUAGUUUGCGUAGAAGAUAAAAUGUUAAUAAGUUUAAUUUUGUUAAUAUCCAAAAUUUAAAUAAUCACUUUAUAUAUGCUAAAUUUUGUUUGAAAUUCAAAAGAUGUAUGAAAUUCAAAAGAAAAUUACAAUUUAUUAUCAUCACUUUUAUCAAGUUGUUAUGGCAAUGUUUAGAAAAAUUGUUGAAAAAUUUCAUAUAAAAAUUUGAUUUAGUAUUUCUUGUUAUAGUGAAGGUAGCUC